UUCCAUACAUCGGUUUACUGGUCGAACGCAUAGCAUUCAGUCGGGGUUGCAAGGUUCUAAUGUGAAUAAUCCUUUGACAGUUCCUUGGCGCCUUGCUUGAGCGCUUUGUGUUUGACCAGUGAACCGGUGUAUGGAAAAUGGAACCUUGAAGUGGACUGGCUGUGGAAUGACGCAGCGGUAAUUUGGAACUCGGAAAAGGUGUAUAUUGAUGAUGCAAGGAUCAGAUUAGCAAAGUUUACAGAGCCGACAAUGAGGACAAAAGCGUAACUCUUUGUUAAAAGUUUGUGACUGAACACACUGGUUAAAGAAAAAGCCAUAAAAACAUUCAACACCAAUCAACCCUGCCAUGAAGAAACUCUUGCAUAAAGAUAAGAAAGACAAGGAGGAGAAAAAGAAAGACAAGGAAGAGAAAAAGAAAGAAAAAAAGGAGAAGAAAGACAAAAGUAAAAAGAGCAAGAAAGACAAGCACUCGGCUUCAACGUCUAGCAUAGAUGAGGUGCCAGAAAGUCCAGGAGCAACAAGUCAAUCUACCACUGUAGUAACCAAGACUACCAUAGCUUCUGAUAGUGAUGGUGCGACCAAGACGACAAUAGUAAAAGAAACGGUUCAAGAGAAAUCUGGAGAGCGCGUUUCUGAGACAAAAACAGAAGAAAAGGUCACCGAGGAUUUAAAUGGAAAAAAUGUCACUAAAGAAACCACAACUACUACAAUUACAGAGUCUGAGCCCGAUCAGCCCAUCCAGAUUAAAACAGUUGUCAAGGAAACGAACAAUGAGACACCACAAGGGGAAGAAAGAGUUGUUGUAACUGAGACAUCAUCAGAGGUCAAAUCCGUCCCGUCCACUAGAGAGGAUCUUACAGAGUCAGAUAAACCCGCCAUCGAGAGCAAAACGGUUGUCGAGGAAACGAAAAGUGAGACACCGCAAGGGGAAGAAAGAGUUGUUGUAACCAAAACAUCAUCAGAGGUCAAAUCCGUCCCGUCCACUAGAGAGGAUUUUACAGAGUCAGAUAAGCCCGCCAUCGAGAGCAAAACGGUUGUCGAGGAAACAAAACGUGAGACACCGCAAGGGAAAGAAAGAGUUGUUAUAACCAAAAGAUCAACAGAGGUUAAAUCCGUCCCGUCCACUAGAGAGUUCUUAAUGGAGAACUUUCCGGAACAGGCUGGAUUUGAAACUAGGAGGCACAUUCAACAGAAGGUCGUUCAGGAUUCGAGUCAACCUACACAUGUCUCAGAACGAACAGUAAUCAGAGAAGUGAGCGAUGGAGGCGAGACAGUUAAGACUGUUACCAAGGUUGUAUCCGACGAAGGAGGGAAGAGAGAGACGACGACAACGACGACUUUAGGAGGAGUGAAUGAUAGAGAAGACGCCAAAGACGACAGCAGUCCAAACGAGCACCGGGACGAGGACAAAAAUGGUAUAAUCCCCGAAGACGUAAACCGUAAAACGAGUCUCCCAGAAUGGUUGGACGACAUUCCUCAUGAAAGCACUCCAAAAGGUAAAGCCAAGAUUGACGAUUCCAUUGAGAUUCCUUCCCCUCCUCUACAAAGAAAAGAACCUCAAGAAAAGGUGAAACCAACGGGACCCAAAGUGAUAGAGGAAAUUCAUCCAGUCGAGGAGUCGAAAGAUAACAUACUGGAUCUUCUGGAURAUUUAGAAAACGCGGGGAAGUCAAAACCCAAGGAAGACAAACCAGAACCACCCGAAGAGAUACCCUUUACAUAUGAGCCCAAGAAGCCAGACAAAAAAGUGUAUUCUGGCGUACCAGUGACUGAAAAAGUAGAUAAUGUGAAGUCAGCGAACAAGGCAGAAACGGCGGGAAUAGAUUUUGCUAGCCUGGAGAAAAAGGAAGAACCAAAGCCCACACGUACCGUGCAACAAACCCAUGUUAGAAAAGUCAUCACUAAUAAUGGAGAUACCGUGGAAACUGUUACUAAGACCACCACCGAUGACGAGGGGAGAGUCAAAAAGACGGAAACCAAAACGAUUUCUGGGCGAGACCAAAAGCCAAAAGAAAGCCAUGAUGUUAAUUUUAACGUGAAGGAAUCUGAUAAACCCAAAACGUCACCUAAGACAAACAAAAGAAAUCUUCAUGAUGGAGAAGCAAUGAAGAACGCGAAAAAUGUCAUUGAAGACGUUGGAGACGACACAGACGACGAAAGAGAGAUUUUGGAAGAAAUUAUCGUUGUCGAAAGGAAAAGAAAGGCUCGUAUUCCAAAAAGUUUUGUCCCCUAUGAAAAAGAACGCCCGAAAGGGGUCUUACCAAUCGACAUGUUGAUUGAACGCCAGAGUCGUCCUCUCAAGUUGCCGCCAGUUGGUAGACGCGUGAACGAGACGGUAGAGCAGCAAAAUCAAAAUCGAAAGAGUGAAAUACCAGACUUAAAUGAGCUCGACCGUCUUCUUACUGCAAUGGAGGAAGAAGGAAAGUAGAGCCUAAGUCAAUUUUCCAUCGCUGGUAAUAUUUGCUUAUCUUGAUAAAGUGCACAUAUCUCCCUAUAGAGGUUUUGCACCAUCACGUGGUGGCAGCCAUGACAAGAGGCUGGAAUAAUUAAAUCUGGUUUACCAGGAAAAAAAAUCACUUUCCCAGAGAAAAAAGAAUGACUGCCAUCACGUGUUGGUGCAAAGCCUCUAUUCCAAUCUGGAAUAAAACAUUCAACUGCAGAUAAUUAAUUAAUUAAGAGGUCAUAAAUAAGCCCUUGAUGCUAGAUUAGUACAGCUAAGUUGUUAACUUAAAAGCUAUAAUUGCCCUAGUUAGUAAAAAAAUACUGUAAGGUCUAUGAAAUUUGAUCAUUGACAUGGCCAGCACAUUGCUAAAGAAGUCCUUGGCUCGAUCUGUGCACAUAUGCGUGAUCACCUGAAGUCAUGUCACUGAUGACCUCACAAUUGUAUUUUGCGUCGUGGCACGUGAUAGUAAAUGGGAUUAUGUGCA